CGAAAAAAUCUAUGCAAACUAUUACAUGAAGCUAACCAACAACCCAUUGAAGAGGAUAUUCAAAAACCUGUUCAAGUGGCUAUUCAAGAACCUAUUCAAAGAAUAAAGACUAUAUUAGCCAGAAGGAGGCAGACAAAUGAAUGGAAAGAACUUGGUCUAGUUAAAUAUCUUAAAACAGAAAACUUGAAUGACUGUAUGACUCUCUGUCAUGAUCUUGAACAAUAUGAUCCAGAA